CGUUUACACAUUCGAGCUCCUCCUACAGGAGCCCACAACUGACUGCACAGUGUACAAGCCUCACUCACAGGCUGCAAUUUCUUUAAAAUGGUUCGGAGGGUUACUUUGAGUUUGUUGCUGGCGACGUGGUUCUCCGUGGACUGUAACCCCGGGCCUAUCGAUGAUAUCGCAGUUGAUCGAUACUUCAUUCCUAAGCGCUGCAUCAGAGAAGUGAAAUCAGGAGAUUUCGUGCGGUAUCACUAUAACGGCACUUUUACUGACGGAAAACUGUUUGACUCUAGCUAUGAUAGGGGGGCUGCAUUUUUUGGACAGGUGGGCCAAAAGUGGCAAAUUGCUGGUGUGGACAAGGGCAUUCUGGGUAUGUGCGUGAAUGAGCGUAGGAAGAUCACUGUACCCCCCCACUUGGCCUAUGGUAGCCAAGGAGCAGGUGAUAAGGUGCCGCCAGACACAACAUUAGUGAUCGAUCUGGUUCUACUGGACAUUUUUAACAGGGCAGACCAGGUUCAGACCAAAGUCAUCAGUACGCCCAAAGAAUGCAAACGCUCGGUCAUGAGGACUGACUUUGUGCGUUUUCACUUUAAUGGAACGUUGCUGGAUGGCACCGAGUUUGACUCCAGCUACAAGCGUUCCCAGACGCAGGAUUCGGUAGUUGGGGAAGGUUGGCUCAUAAAAGGCUUGGAUGAAGGGUUGCUGGGCAUGUGUGUGGGAGAAAUACGACACUUCAUCAUCCCCCCAUUUCUGGCAUUUGGAGAAAAAGGAUAUGGCACAGAAAUCCCUCCUCAUGCAUCAUUAGUGUAUCACCUUCUCCUGGAAGACCUCCACAACCCUAAAGAUGACAUUAUUGUGGAGGUCGUUGAAGCGCCUGAACCAUGUGCACGCAAGUCUGUUGCGGGCGAUUACAUUCGUUAUCACUACAAUGCUUCCUUCCUCAAUGGCAUCGCAUUUGACUCCAGCUAUCAGCACAACCAGACGUACAACACAUACAUUGGAAUGGGUUACAUGAUUUCUGGCAUAGAUAAAGGCUUGCAGGGUGUGUGUACAGGAGAGAGGAGAAGAAUCAUCUUGCCUCCCCAUCUUGCAUAUGGCCAGCAGGGGGCAGGUAAGGACAUUCCAGCUUCAGCCGUGUUGGUCUUUGACAUCCAUGUGAUAGACUUCCACAACGUUAAAGAUCCUGUGCAUAUAGAGAUCACACAUAAACCUGAGGUGUGUAAUGAAACCAGUGAGGUGAAUGACUUCAUAGAGUACCACUACAACUGCUCGCUGCUGGACGGCAUGCUGCUUUUUACGUCGAGGGACUAUGAGAACCCACAGGAUGUGCUUCUUGGAGGGGGUAAAAUAAUUGAUGGCCUAGAUGAGGCUCUAAGGAAUAUGUGUGUAGGAGAGAGACGGACGGUCAUAGUGCCACCACACCUUGGGCAUGGAGAGAAAGGAGCCGGCAUUGUCCCAGGGAGUGCAGUGCUACGGUUCGAGCUGGAGUUGGUGUCCCUGCAGAAGGGGGUUCCUGAAGGCUACCUAUUCAUUUGGCUCGAAGAGAGUCCGGUUCAGCUGUUUGAGGCACUAGACAGCAACCAGGACCAACAGGUCCCUUUAGAGGAGUUUUCACAGUUCAUCAAACAGCAGGUCUUAGAAGGAAAAGGCCGUCUUAAACCAGCUCAGGAUCCAGAUAGUGUCAUCAGGGAUAUGUUCAAGAACCAGGAUAGGAACGCUGAUGGCUUGAUCACCCAGGAUGAGCUAAAACUAAAAGUGGAUGAAGAUGUAGAGAAAACACGCCAUGAAGAACUGUGAAACGUUUUCACAAAAGCAUGUGAAUCUACAUGCAUUCAGAGAGAACAAGCAACAGACUCAUAAUCCUGAGGCUGAAAACCGGAACAUGCUUUCCAGUAUUAAAAGUUUGUACAUUUGAUGGUCACAUAUUUUUAUACUCUUAAAAAUGUUGGAUCUCAGAAAUGUAUUUGUGUCAUUGAAUAAAAUGUCUAAAACUAGGGUACUUGCAAACAUUUUAUUUUUAAAUUAUAUGGCAGGGGUGGCCAACAUCAAUCCUGGAGUUUAGCUCCAAUUUUGAUAAAAACUCACCUGAUUCGAAAUUUGUGGCAACCCUUAGACUUGGAUUAGCUUGUUUGUGUUUGUUUGAUUAAGGUUGGAAUGAAACUCUGCAAGACUCUUUCUCAGAGUGAGCUAUUUUUGAGGUCACUUGUAAACCAAGUUUUCCUGUAGUCGAGAUCAAAGUAUAGCUGCAAUACAAAUAAAAACUCAAAAUGAACUGCUGUUACUAAGCAGACAGUUUUAGUCCCAAUAAGUACUAAAAUAAUACAGUUGUCUACAAAUACAAAUACAUUAUUUUAGAACACUUGCUACAUGGGGUAUAGUUGGUAAUAUAUAACACUGUUAAGCGUGAAAUAUACUUUUUUGGUAGCACUUUAUUUAGGGUCUCCUAACUAGUUGCUUAUUAGCAUGUAUAGGGCAAGAUAAUUAGUCAUUUAUUAGUAGUAAUUAAGCACAUAUUAAUGCCUUUCUCUAAAUGACAUUAUUCCAUAAUCUAACCUAAUCCUACCGAUACCUAAACUUAAAUUCCUUACUAUUAAUAAGUAUUCCUUAUUCUAAAGUGUUACCCCCUUUUAUUCAUUCAUUCAUUUAUUGGUAAGGGUCAUUUCUUUGUUUAGAAUUCUUUUCUGUGAUAGAGCUAUAUGCAUUUUGAAUGUGAAUGCAGAUGAAAUUAGCAUAUUUUAAACUUGAUGGAUGUAGCCAUGUUUAAAUUAUUCUAUUUCUGCCAAAUCAUUUUAUUGGUUUCUAUUGGACUUUGUGCAUAUGUGGUGACCAAAACUGUACCAUUGAAUUGGCAAAAGGUUUCCCUCAACAUAUAUAUUUUUAUUUUCAUUUGACCAUAUUGCCUAUAGACACUUGUUGAUUAUAACGUAAGGAGCAAAAUAUCUUUUCAAUUUGCACAUAAUCGAGCAGAAGAAUGAUCACAUUCCAUGUGAAAAUGCAUUGAUCAUAAAUGCAUAAAUUUUAGUAGACAUGAUAGUAAUGGCACUCCAGGAAGGGUAUGAACAAGGCAACAACUCUUGGACAAUAUCAGAUUUUUAAUAAAUAUUUAUUGCAAAUCACUGAGAUCCACAACAUGUGCAUACUUUAUAACACAUGCAAAGAACUAUACUCGCCCUUAAAAGACUUUACAACAACGAGAGCGGGACAAGGUAUUAUCCCAGCCUUGCUACUCUUAUUGUCAGACAUUUUCGCCAUUGACACACACAUACAUACACACACACACACGUACA